GUCUAGGGUUUUUGAGAUCAUUUAUAUAAAUUGCGAUCAAAGGCCUCCUCCGCCUUCCAAACCCUAGCACUCGGACGCAGUGGUGUCAGGAUCCCUCGUCGCCGCCGAUCCGAAAUGGCAGGUAUUCCUGGGCCGCUUGUUUGGGAGAUCGUGAAGAAGAACAAUGCGUUUCUUGUGAAGCAGUUCGGCAAUGGCAACGCCAAGGUGCAGUUCAGCAAAGAGCCCAAUAAUCUAUACAACGUGCACUCCUACAAGCACUCAGGGUUGGUGAACAAGAAGUCGGUGUCAAUCCAGCCGGGUGGAGAGGGGCUCUCUGUGACGCUUGCUACCACGAAGACGAAGAAGCAGAACAAGCCCAGCAGCCUCUACAACCGGUCAGUCAUGAAGAAAGAGUUCCGCAAGAUGGCUAAGGCCGUCACCAAUCAGGUAACAGAUAACUUCUACAGGCCAGACCUGACCAAGGCUGCUCUUGCAAGGCUUAGUGCUGUCCACCGCAGCCUCAAGGUUUCCAAAUCCGGUGUGAAGAAGAGGAACAGGCAGGCCCUCAAAAAGUGAACUUAGUUUUGCAGCCAUUUGUUUCUGUUUUAAUGGUUUGUCUUCCUAUUUUUGGCUGGAGAUUCAUAUCAAAUUUCAAACUAUUUUGUGACUCAAAGCUUUAUUAUCUGUCCUUUAGAUAUUUUCCCUGAACUUGGUUUUUAUUUGAGCUUAAAACCAGCGUUUCUGUUCCUGUGGCUGAAGGUUUCCAGACAUUUUUUGUUUUAGCCUAGAUUGCAGUAAUCCAGUAUUCAAAAAAGUUGCAAUUCAUCCUUUCAA